UUAAAAAUGCUUUUUCGCCUGAAAUUGGUCUCAAAAUGUCCUACAGUUCUUAUCACUCGUUUAAUUUCUGAUGCUCCAUUAACCGUUAGAGGAUCAAGCGAGCCAUUAAAGAAAAUUUAUAAAGAUGCAAAUCUCCAAAAAGAAUUUGAAAAAUAUGAAAUGAUGGAUCCUGUCGACAUUAACGAACUUUCUAGAGUACACCAAGGAAUUGCCCGACAACUUGAUAAAGUCAAUGAAGUUAGGGUUAAAGAAAUGUUUAUUCGAAUUUAUCGAGGAAUGAAAGUUUGCACUUUUUGGGUACUUGUUGUUCUUGCAAUUUAUUUCUAUGGAUGUUAUGCACUUGGACAAGAAACAUUUUUGGAAGAAAUUGAUGAAGAAAUUGCUAUUGAAAGGGGUGAAUUAAUGGUGGAUGAUAGUGGAAAGACAAUACCUACAAACUAA